GUCCAAACUAUACACCUCAGAGCUCAGGCUGAGAACACAUGCGAAUUGUUUGGCGCCCUCAAUUCCACGCCACGAAUCCCUUUCCCUCCGAAACGUAAACCUAAACAAUUGUUCCGCCGCUACGAAUGUUGAUUCCGAAGGAAACGUUUCUCCAAUGUCACCAACACAAUCCAAUUCCGAUACGCAAUUGAGUAUUGGAGAACGGGCUUUUUCCGCCGCCGGCGCCGCUGUUCUCUCUGCCAUCAUCGUUAAUCCCCUCGAUGUCGCCAAGACAAGACUUCAAGCACAGGCUGCCGGUGUUCCCUACCAUGGUAUUUGUUCGAUUCAAACAAACACGAUGCUACGAUGUCCUGGUUUGCAUGCAGUUUCUGGGUCUGACCCAGCACCGCCAUGUCCUUCGGAAUGUAACCGCUAUAAAGGGGCGCUAGAUGUCCUCUACAAAGUUAUACGUCAGGAAGGCUUUGUAAGAUUGUGGAGAGGCACUAAUGCAAGUUUAGCAUUGGCUGUGCCAACCGUUGGAAUCUACAUGCCUUGUUAUGAUAUUUUCCGCAACAUGAUGGAGGAGUUUACAACUCGGAAUGCUCCAAAUUUAACACCUUACGUUCCAUUAGUUGCGGGAUCAACUGCACGUUCCUUGGCUUGCAUUUCUUGUUAUCCUGUAGAACUUGCAAGGACUCGCAUGCAGGCAUUUAGAGAAACCCAAAGUGGCAAGCCUCCAGGGGUGUGGAAGACAUUGCUUGGAGUCAUCCACCCAGUCAAGGGCACCAGUAUUCUUCAAAGCUUACAUAAAUACCGCCUCUGGUGGACUGGCCUUGGAGCACAGCUUUCUCGGGAUGUUCCAUUCUCUGCAAUUUGCUGGUCAACCCUUGAGCCAGUUAGGAAAAGCAUUCUUGGCAUGGUGGGUGAUGGAGCAAGCGCAGCUACUGUUCUGGGGGCAAAUUUUUCUGCUGGUUUUGUUGCAGGAACUUUAGCAUCUGCUGCCACAUGUCCACUGGAUGUGGCAAAAACUCGACGACAAAUAGAGAAGGAUCCCGAAAGAGCAUUAAAAAUGACAACAAGAACAACAUUAAUUGAGAUUUGGAGGGAUGGAGGAUUAAGAGGACUAUUUACAGGUGUUGGUCCCCGUGUAGGGCGUGCAGGUCCAUCAGUUGGGAUAGUUGUCUCCUUUUAUGAAGUUGUCAAGUAUGCUUUACAUCGCAGGCAUCCAACUUCAUCAUAAAAGAUACUUGAAUUUAACAUCCAGCCCUGUUAUCUGGAGGCUUUUUAAUUCCACUUGUAAAGAUAGAUUAGUGAUGAAUUUCAUCAAUGCCACAUGUCUCGGCCCUAAAAGAACCGUGUUCUUAACGUCGCAAGAAAUCAGAGCUCAAAGAAGCAACAAAACACUCUGCUGUGGGCACCUACUAAUUAGUAACAAUCCAAUAAUUGUCCAUUUGGAUACGUGUUGUCCAUUUUUCUUCAUUGCAUUUGAAACAUUAUGAGAAAAGUUAAUAAGUGCCACCAAACGAAUUGAGACAGAGUCGGCCCUCACCAGCAAGAUAAUAGGCUUGCGCAGAGAAAAUAGUUUUUUUUUAAUACGAAUUUACACAAUUCUUGUAUUUUAUUAUUUAUUAUAAACCCAAUUCAUUAAAUUAUAUAGGCUACGAACUCUUUGUGAAUAUUAUGGAUGAUCCAUGUUCUUAAGAAUGAAAUACAAGAAAAUUGUUGUGGGGUC